AUGAACUCUCUUGUGAACGCCGACGAUCCUCCUCCCACCGAGCAGGUCGCCACUCCAACCUCUCCGGAAUUGCCGGAACACAUCACCCUGGCAACUGAGACAGCCGUGGAACACAUUAGGACUGCAAAACUGACUGGGCAGACCCUCAUAGAGCUACGCGAAUGCGUCUCCACGGAUCUCCGAGCCAUCCACCUCCGUCUAGGCCGUCUCACCGAACUUUCGGUCGAGCGGUUCGAGAACCUGGAGGCCCGGGUCGGGCGUCUUGAAGGCCCUCCUUCGAACGAACCAGCGAGUACGCAGACACUCGUCGGUUCAAGUUCGGAGAAGACCGCCGAAGACUCGAUCGCCCUUUCUACCAUCGACAACAUCACCUCAGCCCCAGAAAAAGAUUCCCAGAAGACCGACGACAUGAAGACGCCCACUAGGCCGCCUCCUUUGAUUCUUCAAACCGCUCCACAUCGUCCUGACCUCGACGGCACGCCAUACCCACCAACAACAACCCGAUCUGCACCACCAGCGAACGAACAGAACGACUCCGAAGCGACGCCCAGGGUUACAAGAGCCGCACCAAAGAAAAGCGAGUCCUAUUACUUCAAUGUCCUAAAUGGAAAGAUGGCAGCCCACAUCCCGACGUUUUCCGGCAGAGAAGUAUGGGAGCUUGUUAGGACACAAAGUGUAGUUUGA